CCGCCAUGCCCAACAUCGUGCUCUUCAGCGGCAGCUCGCACCAGGACCUGUCCCAGCGCGUGGCCGACCGGCUGGGCCUGGAGCUGGGCAAGGUGGUCACUAAGAAGUUCAGCAACCAGGAGACCAGUGUUGAGAUCGGUGAAAGCGUGAGGGGCGAAGAUGUCUACAUCAUCCAGAGUGGCUGUGGGGAAAUCAACGACAACCUGAUGGAGCUCCUCAUCAUGAUCAAUGCCUGCAAGAUCGCCUCGUCAUCCAGGGUGACCGCCGUGAUCCCGUGUUUUCCGUACGCGCGACAGGAUAAAAAGGACAAGAGUCGUGCUCCGAUUUCCGCGAAACUUGUGGCCAAUAUGCUCUCGGUCGCCGGGGCCGAUCACAUCAUCACCAUGGACCUGCAUGCCUCUCAGAUCCAGGGAUUCUUUGACAUCCCGGUGGAUAAUUUGUACGCGGAGCCCGCAGUCCUGCAAUGGAUUCGGGAGAACAUUGCCGAGUGGAGGAACUGUAUCAUUGUUUCACCUGACGCCGGGGGAGCCAAAAGGGUCACAUCAAUUGCAGACAGGCUGAAUGUGGAAUUUGCCUUGAUUCACAAAGAGAGGAAGAAAGCAAACGAAGUGGACCGGAUGGUUCUGGUGGGCGACGUGAAGGACCGCGUGGCUAUCCUUGUGGACGACAUGGCUGACACGUGUGGUACCAUCUGCCACGCCGCGGACAAGCUGCUCUCAGCCGGAGCCACCAAAGUUUAUGCUAUCCUUACACACGGGAUCUUCUCGGGGCCAGCUAUUUCCAGAAUAAAUAAUGCUGCCUUUGAGGCCGUUGUUGUCACAAAUACCAUUCCGCAAGAGGACAAAAUGAGACACUGUCCCAAGAUUCAGGUUAUUGAUAUCUCGAUGAUCUUGGCAGAGGCAAUCCGAAGAACACACAACGGUGAAUCUGUGUCCUACCUGUUCAGCCACGUGCCGCUCUAGACCCCGGACGGGGAGUGUGGGGCCAGCCUGCUCUGACUGCUUGCUUGUGUGCGCUCACCUGACUUCUUAGUUUUAGGACUCAGCGAUUCUAGGAUAAUGCAAAAGCAUCCGAUCUUUGUACCCUCCAAGAUGCAUUGUUUCCCCCUUCUCAAGCUCAAGACCAUUUCCAGUUUUGGGGGGGAGGGUGGUGGUUAUUUGAUCUUUGUAAGUGAACUGUCGUUAAUGAGAUAGGUUUCAUCAUCCUGACUUGUUCUGACAGGUGACCCUUUUCUUUGUUUUGCCCGUACUUUGAGGCCACAACUUUCAAGUAUGGAAUUCUGCAGAAGUUCAUAGAUUAUAUGUUUCAAGGUUGCCAAAGGUGACUUCAGAUUAAAGCCUUUUGUGUAAAUAAUGAUAAUGCCUAUGGACAUUUGGGUAAAACCCUGUAUACAGAAUUAGCCUUUUACUUUCGAGUGAACCUUAGAAAAUUUAUAAUACCCUGAAUCUGGUUUUAUUUUACUUUUUUCUUUUUAGCAACCAGGAUUCAAAUAAACUAUUGUGGUUUUUGGGCUUAAUUUGACCAAAUUUUAUGCAGCCUAAGAUGGCCACUGACACAUUUACUUUCUGAGAAACAUGAGACCUAUCAGAGGCAAUCAGUAUUUUUUUUUUAUUGUCAC